ACACAACAUGCGAGGUUAGUGGGUCUGGGCUGGGAUACAGUCUCCCAUAUUGGCCGUGCGCCUCUGGAAUGACCCGUAAGCCUUCAAAGAUUUUAACAAUUUAAUUCACAUUUUUUGUGUAAUCAAAAGACAAAAAAAAGGCUUCAAAUGAAAGUUCAAUUCAAACUGAAGUGUCACGUGUUCGGACGCCCCACGUCCAUUCCAACCCUCAUCUUGUUCAUGACCGGAAUUAACAUCGCACAUCAUUAUCAUGCGCCAUCAUCGCAAAGCAAAAAUUGUCGACCACAACGUACCGGUACCGUACGGUAAGUGUUUUAAAUUGUUAUGUAUGUGAAUGAACAAAGAAGGAUAUUCAACGCAUUUUUAGACCUCUAAUACCUGACAUGAUUUUCACAUUGCAGAUGUCACAAUGGAAAGAUUUCCCUUUUGAUGAUAUCGUAUCGUGCUCCAUGAUGCCCGUUUCAGAUUCAAAACAUCCGCCGGCGGAGUAUAGGUAGCUAUACAAGUACCAUAGCAAAGGUUGGCUUCUCAUCAUAUUUAUGUAGUACACUUGCGUGGUUAAUGUAUGUGCUUGAUCAAUGUGUUACAAAUCUUUUGUGGCAGGGCCUUCGUCUUGUGCAAUCGAUUCAGGAGUUAGCUACUGAAUACCGUACCGGUACUGUCGGUUCAUAUUUCACUUUCAGGAUCUUCACUUUUCUGGUUGGCGGAUCAUGACAUGGAACUCAUAUAUGUAUUUAGUUUGUCUGUUCUGCUUCAUGGCAGUUUAUUGCACGGAGCAGAAGCAAGCUCUUCUCAUGAGAAGGCAUUUCAACCAUGGGAAACAAAGCGAAAGGAAUCAGCUGGGUUUCAUGUCUAUUGCUACAGUGGCUUCAAAGAAUGGCAAGUGCUCAAAUUUCUCAGUAGUGUCACAAUUAUGUUCACUCCUCUGGAUGCUGAUGAAACACUGCUCCUUUACAUUGGGAAUAAUUCAUCAGCCGUAGAGGGUGCCAGAGAGUCUGCAGGUAUCUUGAAGAGGUUGCAGUAUUUCUCCCCAUGGUCAUCAAUUAAGCAAAGGCUUUCACCUUUCAAAGAUACAUGUGUAGGGGUUGAAACAUCAGGAGGAUUUGAGAUUGUGACCAAUCAGAGAAAUAUUGAUCUUCUCUAUAUGGGUUUAUUGUUGCUUGGUCUUACACUUUUCCUCAUAUCACCAGCCCUUAGUAGGAACUACAUCUUUCACUAUUCAUCUGGAGUCACCAUAGGUGUUUUGGCAUCUCUUCUCAUUCUUAUCUAUGUGUUCAGCAAGUUUGUCCCAAAGAAAUCUGGUGCCCUGUCUCUCUUGAUAGGAGGAUGGGCAUUGGUUGGAUUCUUCAUGAGAUGGAUAGUGGACAAUUUUCUAUCAGUCCAGUACAAAGGCUACAUCAUUGGCUAUAUAAUCCUGGCCUCAAUGAUCAGCUUUGCUGUCUGCUACCGCUAUGGACCAGUCACUGACAAGCGCACUGAGAAUCUCUUACAAUGGGGCUUACAGCUUAUUGGACUAACAUGCAUCUACAACUGUUCUCAGUUAGAAGGUGCUUCUAUAGCUAUCAUCACAAUUUUAUUGGUGUAUUCAUGGAUACCUCAAGGAUCUAUUGGAGCAUUAAAGAGUAUAAAUAUCUGGACACGUCCAUACAAACCUAGGCUUCUGACGGUUGAGGAGUUUGAGGAACAGGGAAGGGAAGAAACAAGAAAUGCUCUGGAGGAAUUGAGGCAGUACUGUAGCAGUCCUAAAUGCAAUGCCUGGAAGGAGGUGACGAGACUGGAAUCUCCAAAAAGGUGUGCUUCAUCUUCUUUCAGGUUUGCUGAGUUUGUAUCAGGUGAGGGCCAUGUCAGUCAAGAUGAUCUUGAUCUGUAUGCAUCAGAUAUUACAUUGAUAUCAGAAGAUGAUAUACUGACCAGCGAUAGCAGUAGUGCUAUCAGUUCAGAUGAAGAGGAUUCCAGGUGACCUAAGAGCACUCUAGAACAUUAAAAUGAUGAGAGUAGAGAACUCGUCAGCAUCGCUUCAGAGGAUGAUAUGACCAGCUGGAACAGAGCAGUUUUCAAUGAUUUUAGACAGCCAUAGAUCUGUACUGUGUAGGGGAAAACAUUGGACAUUAUACCAAGGAUAAACUUUAAACCCUUACCAGGCUGGGCAUUUUUUGGCUGUUUUAUUGCCGAGGGUGGAUUCUAAGAUCUCGGUUGCCAAUCACGCGAGUGCCACAAACAUUCUUUGCACAAUGGUAGUGUUAGGAUGUCAAGUCAAUAUGACUGGGUAUUCUCAAAGACGCUUAAAACAAAAAAAUCAAUGGGUCAAUCAAUGUCGUAAUAUUAAGAAGGUAUUACUGUUUGGGAAAAUAGUAAACAAAUAUGUACGGCUGCUAGAGGAGGUGGUUCCUAAAGUGACACAAUAGAAUUCACAUCACUAUGAAGGCCGCAUACUAAAAUGUUGCAUAUUUGCAAAAAGGUGUGAUAUCAAAGACAAUAGAUCCUUGCAACAUUUAAACAGCUUUAUUUUCUGCAGGUAUUUGUGUUGAAUUUAUUGAUUGAUGCACUUUGAUCAAUUUAAAGAAACUGUUGUGUGAUAUGAAUCAUCAAAAGUGUUGGUUAUAGAAUAUACUUCCAUUUGACUUAAGAUACAAAAUCAAAUUUCUGUAAAUACCAAGAAAUGAUAAAUGCAAUUUAUUAGGUGCCAUAUCCAUCUCUUUAGAGAUGCUCAAUGUGCACAAUGAAAUCUAUCACUUGUGUGCAGGACAUGAUAGGUUUUUAGAAUGUUUGUGACUUUCACUACAAUGAGUUGGAUGUCUGAGUGAUGUCACCAUUCUAUUCAUAUGCCUAUGCCCAAUAUGAAGGUUAAGAUUUUUUGUUCAUUAUUUAUUCAGUUAUCUUUUUUUUUCAAUUUGUUUAUUAUUAGUCUAUUUUCAUUUUAUGGGGGGGGGGGGGGGUAGGGUUGUCCAUCUGUCUCAUUUUCUUUGUGAUAACUAAAGAACCAUUUGGCAGAUCAACUUCAAACUUGGUCCAGGUUUGCAUGACUGAUAAUGAUCUGGGAUGGUAAUCUCUAAACUUUUCUUAUAAAUAUUCUCAUAACUCAGCAAUUAUGUUGCAUAUUUUAUCUCUGACAUGCCCAAUAUUUUAUCAACCAAUCAUGAAAGGUUUUAUAUGCUUAGGUAAACCAAUAGAAUCGUCUCUUCUGUAAAAAAAACACUAAAAACAUGGCUGUUCUCCCAGUCUUAUUUUCUUUGAAAAGAUUCACUUGAAUGAGAUCUUUGAAAUUGCUGAUAAGUCUCUGUAUUGUUUUAGGAAUGUCUCAUUUGUGAAGCGAGAUAUUCUGGUGGAAUCCAGCAAGAAAUUAUUGACCAAUAAAAAUUGCAUGCAACAUUGAGUUACAAAAGCCCCCUACCUCUUGUAAAUUUUAUUGUAUUUUCCAAGGAAGUUAACAUAAAAAAUAUUAGAAUUUUCAGAAAACCUUUUAUCUCAAUAUGUUAUCUUGAGCAUAGUAUUUUAUGUGCCGUUUUUAUCUUUAUGCAUAUUUUAGCUCUGACACCAUGUGCGCUCAGUGAAAGUUGCAAGAGAAUUCUCAGAAUACAGAUUUUAUUGUAACUGUAAAGAUACAAGAAUAUUUGUCACAAGACAAUUUUCAGUUCAGAAUAUGGCCCUGGAUUAGUUUUGGGGAUAUAAAGUUCAAAGGUCAAAGAAACCAAUGUAAGGUCAUGCAGUCCAAGCACAUUAUUCAGCCAUUUCAGGAUGCAAGUUGUCAGUAUUACAGUUUUUUUUUAUUAUUAAUGAUGUAAUUUUUUAUGUGUUGCAAUUGUUUUUCAUCAUGAGCCUUUCAAAGAUGACUUUUAAUAAAUAAAUUUUUGUACAAUCUUUA